UAAAUGAAGUUGUGUCGGCAAGGCUGUGCCAACACACCUACAGUACACAACACCAGAAGUGGCAUUGUUACCACAUUGAUUUUUAUGGAGUAGAAUUUGUGUUUGUGCAAUAUAUAACUUCAGCAAUAACCUGAGGAUUUCAGAGUGGAAACGGCAACAGAUCUCAGCUGUAGAUUUUCAAGUUUUCCAGCUGGUUUCUCCGAGUCCAAAUCCUCCCUUCUUGUGGAGUGUGACUUGAUGCUGGUAUGUUCACCAAACUGUAACACUCUGUUAUUUGGAUUUUUGAAAACCGUUCUGACGAUUGAAAAACUGUCUGUGAUAAGCCAAAGGUUUUCUACAGUUACAUCAUGAGCUUUUGAUUCAGCCCAGCCGAAUCGGUUUAAGUCAACCAUUCUGCUAAGCAGUGGACUUAAGUCAACGGAGAGUCAAUACAACAACUGAGUGGGUGGUGGGUCUGCUCUCUGUUUCUUUUCUUUUUUUUAAGAUAAAAACACAUCGUGGGAGAAAGCUAUAACCUCAGUAUGUACACAAGCAGCGUACACUUAGACCACUACAAUGUCUACACAGCAUGUUUGGUAUGUGUUUUAGUAAACCAGACGGAUUUAAUUGUCAGUGCUUGACUUCAAGUUGGCAAGAAGAAUAGAGAGCUGACAAAAAACAACAACAAAAACUCUGGUGUUGAAAUUGAACUGGCACAAGGAAAACUUUUCACCGCAGGACGUCAUCGUUAAAUUGACACGUUUUCCAGGGAGUUUCACAGUGUGAUGAGUACUGUUUGGUCUAGUUACUCCACGCUGCGUUGUCCUAGCCUGAAGAGAACAAUAAACUAUUUCAUCACGUCUCAGUAAGUGCUCAUCCUGUUGGUCUGCAGAACUUGUAAAACGAUCUGAACUGUCGGUGAGUGUGAGGAGUGUUGUUAUAACUCAAAGCUCUGAAUAUUUCUCCCCCAUGCUGUGUAACUAUUAAAGCGUGCAUUUAGUAGGAAAACAGUCAAAGCGACCCGUUGUGGUUUGUGUGACCACUACAUACUCAGAGUGACUAGGAUAGUCUCGCCACAGGACCGUGCUGUUUCACCUCUAUUUACAUCACCACAGAGACUUGGAUUUCUUCGGCCAACUGCUGGUUUGGGAUGUAACUCAGAGGGUGGUCUCUGUAACUAGAGGAAAGCUCCUCUUAUCUUAGAAACGGACAAAGUGUUGAGUUACUUCGGCCAUCCGGCAUAACAAGAACUUCACCAGUUGUAAGUAACCACAGUUUGUGAGAACAAAACUUCUAACCUUCGCAUCAACUUUAAAAAAUCCCCCCCCCCCCCUACUGAAUUUUUUUUUAAAUACAAACCGGAUAACAAACUCCUGAAAAUGUCUUCUGGACUGAAAUAAAUCAUUGUGUUUACACAAGAACGCUUAACAAAUCCUUUCAAUACAGACGCACCAUUGACCCAUAGUUGUUUGUCUGCAAAUACAAAGGUCAACACGGAUCUAUUAUAGCCCGAUUGCGAACAAAUUCCUGUACUUGAGUUGUGAACAUUGAUGUGCCGGCCCUCCCCUAUCGAACUGUGUCAUACGACAGUCGCUUACUCGCCAUCUAAUCAGUCAGAGCUAACGAUUUGUAAGAACUCUGUCCGACUGUGCAAAUAGACACUAAUGAAAUUUCCAUCAUUAUUGUCCGGCAACACCAGCCAACUGGACUCCUUUGUCAAACCUCGUUGAUUGGGAUACAUCUUCUUGAUCGCCUUAUUUCGCUUUACGGCUGAGAACCUGGUCCUCUUCAGUUGAAAACUUCAAGGGGUUGUUGAUCGGCGACACUUGCUAACAAUUCUGUUCUUCUAGCAUCUCAUCAAGAGGGUUGAGUGUGAUAAUGAAAGCUGGUAAUUGAUAGAGACGCCUCGUUGCUUUGGAGAGUUUCACCCUACUUAGGAGGAACAGCUGCUACCAGGAGAAGUUCAGCAGCCAUCAUUUGACCAUUUGAAAUUGACCGCUAGUACUUUGUGUUUCAUGCUCACCAAUGGAUAAAUCAACCAGCAUCAUGUUGACCACAGCGGGUUAUUCCGAUAUUCUGACACCCAUGUUUUGUGCAAACUGUACUACCCCUGCCGGACAUCCACCGGACAAUAGCUUUCUCAUGUCACUACAGCAAAUAUCAUUUAUAGUCACCUGUAUACUGGGCACGGUUGGACUCCUCUGUAAUGGGUUCAUCAUACUCAUCUUAAUGAGGUUCCCCAACAUGAAGACUUUGGCCAACUACUUUAUCCUCAAUCUUGCUUUAGCCGAUUUCCUCUUCAUGAUCUCGUUUCUGUUCCUCGGUCACCAACUCAGAGUCAACCACUGGGUCUUCGGCAAGUUCAUGUGUCGUCUCAUUGUACCCUAUGACGCUAUGACACAAUUCCUCGUCAUCUAUUUCGUCAUGAUCAUGAGUAUCGAUCGGUACUUUGCAAUCUGCCUACCCAUCAAGUCUAUGAAUUUUCGUACUUUGCGCAACGGCAAGAUCGUCUGUGCAAUGAUAUGGGGCGUGGCGAUACUCACCACCCUACCGUUGUGGAUCUACACUGAGCACACCUGUGUUAAUGGAUGGUGUACCUGCUUGGCUAGAGUGUCCUCUAAUGAUGAGGAUGAUCCAAGAUGGUGGAUUAUCUACACCAUCAUCAUUGGAUUUUGCGUUCCGCUUACCAUAGUCUGCAUUUGUUACUUACUCAUCCUGCAGAACCUCCUCACAAGCAACAUGCAGGAUUCAAAGAACACGCUGCGCCGUGCCGCACGGCGUGUGGCCAUCUUAGUCAUCUGUAUCAUCAUUGUAUUCAUCUUGUGCUUUCUACCGUUCUACGUGUUCCAGUUGGUGUACAGCACCAUUGAUGCCGAGGAGGACGCUAGUAAUGCUCUGAUACUCAUCUAUAUCAUAACCUGGACACUCAUGUACUCCCACAGCAUCAUCAACCCUAUUGUUUACGCCCUCGUUGGUGAAAACUUUCGCAAGAACAUCACUUUUAUGUUCUGUAAACGCUCAUCACGUCAUGUGAUGUACACGCGCCAGAGCAGUAUGCGAACAUCCAGCUUUCGCCGUACACGCAACUCUCUAAAGUCUUGUAACAGUAAUGACCCUAACGGAAUGCGACCGCAUAACGGGUAUUACGUCCAUUUGGACACAGGGCAACAUCGGGGUGCACGAGAGGAUCCUGUGUAAACGUAUUGUUUUAAAAGGAGGGAUGUAAAUUUGAUGUAAAAUUAAUGUACAUUGUUUCUAAACAAUCAGUCACUUAAAGCGGCUUAUCUGUAAGUACCUGUAAAUAUGUAUACAAAUGAUCAUUAGUCCAAGCUUUUAAAGUCAAGUAGUGAGAUGGUCUCUGUAAAAUAAAUUAAGUGCCAAAAAUAUUUAAGUCCAUUAAAAAAAAAAGACAAAAUCAAAUUACGCUCUUCAAAGAAUAAAAAUAAUACUCCAGAGAAUGCAACCUGCACCAACAACAAAAGUGUCUGAUAGAGUGUCAGAAUCACCCCUCAAAAACAUUUAACAGACUGACACAAAGAAAACACCACCCACAGUGAUGAAAAAACCUUGAUAGCCCAAAGGACAAAAUUGUUAGGGUGUUUCAAUUUUAAAUGUGUUUGUCACAAACUACAAAACAUUUGUAUUAAAGGGUGAAUGUUAUUUUAAAAACUAUCCGACAUAAUCUUCUCUUAAGCACAGGAAUGAUACUAUUCAGCCAUGAUCUAGUUAUAGAUGAGAAUUGUCAGACUUUUAUUCAGUGCUGAAGAUACUGUUAACAGAAGCUCCUUGAAAUCUUUAACUUGGGGUUAUCAUAAGGUGGAAAGGCCAUCAUUUCAAUAGACCUUCUAAAAUUAAAAAAAGUUUAUAAAUUUUUUGGAAGGACUCCUUCCCUGCCCAGUGGAUGCACACUAGCAUAUUGUAUCUAUAUUAAGCUUCAAUCGUCACAGGUCUCUAAACUUCAAUUUAGAAAGUCAAACACUUGAGAUGUUAUGGCUCAAGAGGAGAAACAUCCCCUAGCCAUUGUCAUUUAAUACUAUUGUUUAAUAUGCAGCUGCAUCCUUACAAGCAACUAAAUACCUGCACGGAGGCAACUUUUUGUUUGACGUGUACAUUGUAUAUCGGUGUGGCUGUAAUAUGAUGACAAAGUCGCCGGUUAGGUUCAAGAUGAAAUUGUUCCUGAGGAUUAGAACGAUUUAUCUUUCCUUAACACGUGUGCGUACUUGGAAACUAAUACUGAAAAACUACCCUUUCCGCUUAAACUAUCAAAAUCUAAUGUAACUAUGUUCUAUUUAUACAAAUUGUUAUGGCAGUGGGUCGAAAAAAUAGUAUUGAGCUCCACCUGUCCAUGUAAUCUCCCCACCCCUCUGUGUUUGUGGGGGUUUCUACUUUGUGUACAACUUGUCCCUGUUCCGAAAUUUAACUUCAACCAGUGUAAAUAAUGUAAAAUGAAUGAGAAUUUUUUAUGUAAUUUGUCUCUUUAAUCAAAGGUUUGUGGAUGGUUCUACAUGUACUGGAUGGAAUUUUUAUUUUUUAUUUUGUACAGAAAUAACUGCACAAUUAUGUUUUUUAGAGAGCUCUUGUAAAUGAUGUUUAUUGAUGACUUGCAUGUACUCAAAUGUAUUGAAGGGCACACUGUAACAAAUGUACAUUCCUUCAUGCAUGUUGAGUGGUUUAACUGCAGUUUAGAGGACACACAAGUGUUUGUGCAAAUAACAUGCAAUCCAGGACAUUAAUGGUGGAGUUAAGCUGUUUGGUUCUGUCCCAUUUGCAUGUGUUAUAUAGUUAGCCAGAUACCAAGGCCACCAAUACAAGGGAUAUCAUGAAGCUUAAAUGUAACAGUUGCAUUAACAAUGUAAGCAGUACCAAUGCUGGAGAGUCAAAGAGAUUUAGGUAAAACAAAGAAAAAUGGUCUACAGCGGGAUCUGAAACUGCGACAUUCAGAUUAACUUGACAGCGCUCUACCAACUGAGCUAUCAGUAAGUUGGCAGUUUUCAUUUAAUCGUUGUGCCAGUAAGAAGCCAUUCAACCUGUCAGUUCCCCUAUUGGUGUAAUACUUGAUAGGUACAAAGAGAAUGCGCUUUUAACAGCAGGUUGACCUUAAUUAACCAGUGCUGCAAUCUAUCUUGUUUUACAACCUCCAAAACAUAGGCUGUUUCCCCAAAGCUAAUACCAGUGCUGUAACUUACACAGAACUGAAAGCCUAAAAUGGUUGUUCUGCAUGAUGGCCUCAUAAUGAGUCGAUUAAGCCUAACCAGCAUCUAGAAUCUUGGUCAUGUUUCUGAUUGCAUUGUCAGAGGUGUCUGUACAAGCAUAACCUGAUUCAUCACACCAUACAACACCUCUGUCUCUCUCGUCUACAAGACUUGGGAAACUUAAAUCAGUCACAUUCAGUAUUAUGUUUCAUCCUAGAGUGCAAUAUAUGGUUCAAAUCCAGGCCCAGUUUCGUAGAGCUGCUUUUAAGCACA